AUGGACAUCGCCAUCCACCACCCCUGGAUCCGCCGCCCCUUCUUCCCUUUCCACUCGCCCAGUCGCCUCUUCGACCAGUUCUUCGGGGAGCACUUGCUGGAGUCUGACCUCUUCCCCACCUCCACCUCCCUGAGCCCCUUCUACCUCCGGCCACCCUCAUUCCUGCGGGCCCCCAGCUGGAUUGACACCGGGCUCUCAGAGAUGCGUCUGGAGAAAGACAGAUUCUCCGUCAACCUGGAUGUGAAGCACUUCUCCCCAGAAGAACUCAAGGUCAAGGUGCUGGGAGAUGUGAUUGAGGUGCACGGCAAACACGAAGAGCGCCAGGAUGAACACGGUUUCAUUUCCCGGGAGUUCCACAGGAAAUACCGGAUCCCAGCAGACGUGGACCCUCUUGCCAUCACUUCAUCCCUGUCAUCUGAUGGGGUCCUCAGUGUGAAUGGACCAAGGAAACAGGCCUCUGGCCCUGAGCGCACCAUUCCCAUCACUCGUGAGGAUAGGCCUGCUGUCACUGCAGCCUCCAAGAAGUAG